AUGUUCGCCGUCGUCAGCGUCGUGUGCAACGAGAUUUUCCCAACACCCAUCCGCAACGUCGCCUACGCAAUGACGCAAAUCGCCGAGAGCUCGGCUGCCGCAUUGGGGCCGCUGGUUUUUAUUUUGAACGGCGUCGGCCAGUGGUUGCCCCUGAUGCUGAUGACGAUCAUCGUCUUCGCCGAUCUGAUCGUCUUCCACUUUUUGGUCCCCGAGACGAAGGACCUCCCGCUCGCCGACGCGAUGCCCGACGGGGAGUGUCGCAUCGGGAUAUUCAAAAAAGACAACUCCAUGCGCCAAUUCCCUACUACCUCGUGCUCAAACGAUGCCUCGGCGCACGACUCGACCACCGUCACCUUCUCCCAAACUACUGCUCAAGCU